AUGUGGACUGUCUUCUCUCGCUGCGCCGAAUCUCUACCCCAGGGCCGGAGACUCGAGAACCUUAGCUGGCGCCUCUGGCAAAAGGAACAGCUUUUGGAGAAAGAGCGAGAAGAAACUCUGGCCGCCGCAAACGCAAACACCAGCACAACCACUCCCACCUCUUCAGUCCCUCAGGCGAUUCCCCAGGACGCUCGCCUCAACGACCUCCCUCAACUUUCGGGUAGUGUCGAAUCGAUUGCCGACGAAGAAGCCGUCGAGUUCACGUCGGUGUCUGCACCAAUCGAUCUCGCCCGCCCCGCCAUCAAGCGCGAGGACUCGUCCACCAGCCACCGCAGCAGGCGUGAUCGUCGCACAAGCUCCGACGAUUUCGAAAAGAUGAUCAUCUCCAUCGUCAAGGACGAGACCCCUCUGUCGGCACCAUCGCAACAUUCGUGCGAGAUCAAGUCGGCGCUCCCGGCUAACCAGAUGAUACAGCGAUCGGGUUCGACCACUACCGAGUCCCAAUCGCCGUCCAAGAGUUCGGAUCUCCACUCUGAAGAGUCCCACCCCUCACCCGACAUGCAGCCACGCACCAUCGUUCGCGGUUUCUCCCCCUCCCAACAACCAAUCCCUCGAUCAUCGCCCCGAGCAUCUUCCAUCCGUCAGCACAACCUCAAUUCCGCUGCCAACGUGCCCACCUCGACACCGGCAGCCAACAUGUUGACUGGUGCUGGCAAGCCCAAGGCCGCUUUCGCACUUGGUGGGGCGUCGUAUUCCUCCAGCGAAGCGGGACAGAGCGUCGAGUCCCGGCAACCCGCGCCAGCCACCGUUGCCUUCAAGAAGAGCGCCGCUUUCAAGCUUGGUGGAUCAUCCGAGGAUGAUGACUCUGGUUCACUCAGAAGCGCUUUGGCCAGGCAGAAGCGCAACCCGAGCCUCGCAUCACACAAGAAGCAGGCGUCCUUCAGCAACCACGUUACGACUCUGGGGCCCGCCUACAACGACCAAUACGAUAAUGCCAUCGCCGACAGCGACGACUCCGAGGGCGAGUACGACGAAGAGGAUUCGGAAGCCGACUGGGAAGACUCAGUUGAGGACAGCGGCAAGUCCAGCGUCGACGACAUCUCCUUCCAACGCGUCGACUCCAAGAUUCAUCUUCCCUCGACCCGUUCCCUCCUUGCUUUGAAGCUAGCCGAGCAAGAUACCCGUGCAGCUAAGAUUGGCGGCUACGGUUCCCAGUCCACCUCGGCCCUGCACCAAGGACGGCGCGAGUCGAGUCUGUCAAGGUCGCCGAACGACUCCGACGACGCUCCCUUGACCAUGCGCAGUGGGCGGCAGCAGCUGCAAUCCAUCAAGGAGGUCCCUCGCUCGGGCAUUGCCACGGGCUUGGCCCAGGGCGUUGACAACCCCACCACGAUCAAGCGCAACAUGUUGUCGCGCGAGCUGCCCGACCACCUUCGCCGCGAUAUUGUCCACGCUCGAAGGCAGCUCAACUCGACCGCCGAGGCUGCUCAGAACUUCCGCGAGAAUAUCAACAAUACGUCUCUCAAACGCCACCACACCUCGCACGACCUCCCCAAUCUCAAGGCCUAUCCCGAUGUGUCUUCAGCCAGCAACCUGAAGUUUACUGACGAUUUCGCACCCCGCGAGCUCGGCUACAACGAGCGUGGUUGGUGA